CCCGCCUUUCCAGCUGUUCAAAAACAGUCCAAUUGGAGAAGAGAACUGCAGCGAACUCUUAACAGAUUGCGCCUUCGACAAUGAGCUUUAUUGACCAGGAAGUCACGGAGUUGCGGGCGAAAUGUGAGAAGCAGGUGCCGCACACGAAGAUCGUCAUUUGCUCCAGCUCCCUGAUCCGGGUUGACAUCUACCCGGAGCGGCCCAACCGCUCGAUGACCGUGUGCCUUCGCUUUCCCGAGAACUAUCCGCAGAGCACUCCCAUUCUGGUGGAGCUGAAGAGCCGUGUGUACUCCGACAUGCUGCUGACGGAGCUCACCCGGCUGAUCGACGACUAUGCCAGGGACUUCCUCGGCAAGCCACAGGCGCUCCUGGUCCUCGCCUUUGCCCAGCAGUAUUUAACGGACAAUCCGCUGUGCGUCUGCCUGGACGAGAUCAAGCAGCUGAGGGCGGACAUCAAGACGGGCACGGGCACGGAGAGCCAGCUGAAGCUGAAGCAGAAGAACCGCAGCGUCGAGCUGGUGGCCAAGGGAGGCCGCUACACCUACAGAGUCACCGCUGUCGUCCCGGACAGCUAUCCCAUGCAGAGUGUGGAGCUGCGCGGCCAGGAGUCCAAUCUUCCGGCCGUCCUAGUGCGCUAUUUGAACGGCCAGUCGCGGGAGAUAGCCCGCCAGUGCGUGGAGCCUCCGAUCCGGCUGAGCAAGGAGCAAUUGGCCAAUUUCCGGCCAGUCAAGAGUCUGCAUUGCUCGCUCAAGUUCUGCCUGGAGGCCACCCGCGACUUCCACAUCGAGCUCUGCCCCAUUUGUGAUAAUACCGUGCUGCCGGAGUAUCCGGAGGACAUAGAAUCGGAUGACAAUUCGGACUUGUUCAUCGAGCGCGUCUACUGUGGCCACCUGUUUCACCAGGGCUGCCUUAAGAAGUACCUUUCGGAGCCGCCCUUUCCCAAGGGCGGCAAGCUGUGUCCGGCCCAGCGUCGCCAUCCGCGCUCCGAUGCCAGGUCCUACAUGGCCAGGACCCAAAGCGGAGGAGCCACCGUGUCCGAUGCUGUGUGCGGCAUCAAGCUGGCCCACGAUCGCUGGGUGGUCAGUGUGAAGACCGCGGAGGCUCGCUGGGCACAGAAACAGGCGCGCCAAAGGGAACUGGAGGAGGUCGUGGACUUCCUGCAAUAACAGAGGGUUCAGAGGGUACUGUGUAUGGUUAUGUAUUUUGUGAUUUCUAUUCGAAUACGCUUAUAUUGCUAAAUAAUGAAAUAAAUAAAGUGAAGAUGAAGUGCGACUAGGUUGGUGUCUAUCCAUAA